AGUGCAUAUUAUAUUCGAAACGGACUUAAAUAAAAAUAAAGCCGAACCAUCGAGACCUGUGUUCGAGUCUUUGACUCGUUGUUUCCAAACGAACCGACCAAUUAUUGGAUGGUAUAAGAGACACAUUCGUAACUAAUAAACGAUUAAAAGUAAAGUUAAACUCCCGUCCCGUGUCGCGCUUUAAUGACGCACUUCCUUGACGACCAGCGCACCCCAUAGCAACCGACCGGGAAACAGUGAGAACCAGAGGCUCAGUGGCGCCGUGGAACUGUCAGCCUGCCUUCCAUUCAUCUGAUGGAUGAGACAGUGAAGCCUCUGAGGAUUCCUCCGCAGAUGUCAGUUUACGCAGACAAACAUGGCGUCUUUCAACUCGUGCAGAGCAUGGUGUCCAGUCUGAUUGUCGACCAGCCUGGAGACCCGGUCCUCCACCUGAUCAGUUUUCUGCAGAGGAGUAAUCAGAGCAUUCCCAGGGUCAUGCUGCUCGGCGCCCCGGCGGUUGGGAAACACACUGUGGCCAAAAAACUGAGCACGGAACUGAAUGCCGUUCAUGUGACCGUCGACACUCUGAUACAGGACCAAUCAGAGCUGGGGGAACGUGCUCGUCAGUACAGACUCAGACAGCAGGAGCUUCCCGUCGACCUCCUGGUUCAACUGGUCCAGCAGAAACUGAAGGAGGUCGACUGCUACAACAAGGGCUGGGUGUUGGAGGGACUCCCACAGACUCGUGUGCAGGCUCUGGGUUUUCAGCAGGCCGGGGUCAUCCCUGAACAUGUUGUUUUCCUCGAAGCUCCUGAUAACGUGUUGUUGGACAGAAGGAAAGGGAAACUGAUCGACCCUCUGACAGGAGAUGUGUACCAUCAGACCUUCAUCUGGCAGGUUGACAGCGUCGUCGCUCAGCGACUGGAGAAGGACCAAUCCCCGUCGGAGAAGCAGCACGUGGCCGAACUCCAGCGUUUUCGCUGUGAGGUCACAGGUCUGAAGGCAGCCUAUCAGCAUGUCCUGAAGGUCGUCAACAGUGACCAACCGCAUGAUGACGUCUAUCAACAAGUGCUGGCCUUUGUUCGCACACGUAAGCAAACCAGAACUCCCCGAAUACUGCUGCUGGGUCCACCUGGAUCAGGGAAGAGUGACCAGGCCAGACGGCUUUCAGACAAAUACAAGAUGGUGGACGUUUGUUGUGGUCGACUACUGAGAUCUGUAGCAGCUCUUGGUUCGAGCCAAGGAGAACAGAUCCAGUCGUACAUGGAGGCUGGAAAACCAGUUCCAGAUGCCCUGGUGAUGCAGAUCCUUGAACAAAGGUUAAGCCAAGUGGACUGUACCUGCCGGGGCUGGAUCCUACACGGGUUCCCCCAGGACCUACAGCAGGCCAGGAUGCUGCAGGACUCACAACAGCCACCGAACAGAGUUUUCUUCCUGGAUCUGACGGACGACGUCUGUGUGGAGAGGCUGAGUCUGAGAGCCACAGACCCCGUCAGUGGAGAGAGGUUUCAUGUUCUGACCCGACCUGCUCCGAGCUCUGAGGUCCAGGACAGACUGAAGACCAGACCAGAGGACAAUGUGGAGAAGGUCACACAGGCUGUACACAAGUACAGGAGGCACUCGGUCGCACUACAGUGUGUGUAUCCAGAUGCAGUUCACAUUGAAGCAGACCAGGAUCCACACUCAGUAUUCGAGUCUUUGGAGAGCAGACUGAACACGGUUUGACAGGAACAUCCAAUCAACACCUGGAAAAUUCCACUGAACUUUUAGUUGGAUAGUCGGAAGACAUUUGUUCUGGUGUUGGUUUAAGUUUCUUAGACUCAGAUGACGAUUUAACUUUUGUUAGUUUUUUUUUUUUUUACUUCCACUCUGUGUCACAUUGAACGGUGAAGUGCUAAUGCGUUGUUGAUCAUUUUGAUAAUGAAAUGAUGAAGUGCGUGAGUGACGGCAGCUGUCAGUAGUCGCUC